CAGGCAGCACACAUUACAUGGUGUAUCAGCCGAGAGCCAGUCUCCCGACAGUAAGCACUGCUGAUAUACAUUAAAAAAAAACACUGGGCACUGAGUCAGGGAGCGGGAGAGAGAAACAGAGAGGAGGUUCUGUUCUGAUGCACUGAGUUAAUUUUUCCCCCUUAUUUUCAGCCGGUACAAUCUGCUUCCUCCGAAUGCUUCAACAGUUGGUGAACUUUUUAUCUCGCUCCCUUUUACUGUUGACAUCGUUCAUUGGCCAGACCGGAGGAUGGCAUUGCUCUGCUGCUGUGCUCUGACCUUCCGAUCGUCAUUUUAAAAGAAGAGCUUCGGAGAAAAGGAUGGACUUUCCCCAGAAAGGGGCUGAGACGGACAGCGGCUGACGAGGGUGGUGAGCAAGCCAUGGAAUCAGUUCAAUCAGCAGUCCACAUACAUGGUAAAGUCAUCCUGAGAUACAGUGCUCACUGGUAAGCAGGGCUCAGACACGAUACAAGAGCCCUUUUUUGGAGGGAAGAGUCAGCCCUGCAUUUUCUUUUAAACGAGAAACCCCGAAUUUCUUCUCCGCGGCAAAUCCAAAUGCAACCUCUGUUCUGAGUAUUGGAAACGUAAAAGAUGGUUCUUUGACUGGGAUGGAGCAUUUCAAGGCGAGAGGCAAGAUGAUGGAUCCUCCAGGAAUAUGUCCAACCAGAGUUGUUAUAACCUUAUGAUAUUAAUGCUCAUUAAGGUGAGGGACAUUAGUCUGGGAAAUGGAACUUUUUCUGCUGCAUGUACUAUUAAGCCUUCGCAGGACAGGUCUAGCACAACCAGUUCCAUACAGUAGUGUCCAGGGGAUUAAUCUUCAUUCUCUGGAGACUUCAGGGCAAUCCUGGAGAGUUGGCAACCCACGUGAAAGCUGCAUAGCUACAUUGGACAGUUGGUACAAACCACAGCCCAGCCAAGCUAGCAAUCUGCUGAAAGAGGCCAAGUGAAGUCACUAUGUGGAGUUGUGUAGGUUCUAAUGGAACAGUGGACGGUGUGGACCAUCAGUUCUGCUACGACCUUGAACUGGUCUUUUCCAUCCUCUCCAUCGUUUACCUCAUUAUCUGCUUCCCUUUCAGUAUCUGCUACAACUCCCUGCUAGUCCUAGUCAACCUCUACAACAAGCCAGCAAUGACCAUGCCCGACGUUUACUUUGUCAAUAUAGCAAUCGCAGGUCUCAUCCUCAGUCUCGUAGCCCUGAUACAGUUGCUGGGCCCAGACAAUCCACAGUGGGCUGUGUGGAGCUUCAACAGGGAAGUCUACAUCACCUUGCUCAUAUUGUUUAACAUCUCAGCUCUGGUGACCAUGUACUCAACCACUUUGCUCAGCUUGGACUACUACAUUGAACAAGCUUUGCCAAGAACUUACAUGUCCAGUGUCUAUAACACCAAGCACGUCUGCGGGUUCAUCUGGGGAGGGGCUGUGCUUACCAGCUUUUCAUCUCUUCUACUCUACGUGUGCAGCCACGUUCCCAAGAUAAUUGAGUGUUCAAAAAUACAGAAUAAAGAGGUGGCAGAUACCAUCAUGGUUUUUAUUGGCUUCUUUGUGCCUGCUAUCGCAGUGCUCUAUGCCUUAAUCCUGAUUCUCCGAAUACGGAACCAGUCCACCCCUCUUGAUCAAGAUUCUUCAAGGCUGGAUCCUUCUACGCACAAGUUGCUGGUGGCCACAGUCUGUACUCAGUUUAUACUGUGGACCCCUUAUUACAUGACACUGUUAGUUCACAUCACGUUUAACCCUAAAGGAUCAGACUUGAUAACACAGUACCAAAUUUACUAUUUUGUUAAGGGCUUAUCGAAGCUGCUAGCUUAUUCAUGUAGCUUUGUUAUACCGCUGCUCUACACUUACAUGCACAAGAACUUCACCAACAAACUGAGGCAGCUUGUCAGAAAACUGGAUUGUCGGACUGAAGGAUGUCCUCACCAACACUCAGAGGUUCAGCAACAAGUCUUUUUGAGCUAAGGUUCCUUCAAAAGUUAUAUAUCUUCACGAAUCAAGGUGGAGCAACAAAAAAUUUGCAGUGCUGAUAUAUUAGUCCAAAGAGCAAUAGACCUACAGCGCCUGCCAACUGACAUUAGCUAUUGCAGAGGGGGUACAAUUCCAUUGUAAUGGGAAUCCUGUAGGCUAUAGAGAUCCAAAACCAUUUCAUGGUACAACAUCACACUGGCCUUUGUUAACCAAUUCCCUAAACUCAAUCCAGCAAUGGAAUAUAUUUUUAGGUGUUGUUAACAUCUCAUAGCAUCCAAAGCUGUGUCAACAGUCAGUGGAAUGUGCAAGCUAGCACAUGGUGAAACCAAACCUUCACAAGGCUUGUCUGCAUCAGAACCAACUAAAGUGUUUUGCUUGGCUGAGUAACAAAACAAAAAUGACUGUCGGUCAGGCCUUGAAUCCGGGUCCACUGUUUGCAUGUCCCAAAGUAACAGGAACAGCUGAUGAUAGUCAUAAGGGGCCAAGAAUGUUUCCAUUUGUGAUCAGCUACUCAGACAGGGGUGACCAGUGAACUCCACCCACCAUUCUGAAUGUUACUCAACUAAAGCCGACCAAUUGAAUGAUUUCUUUUUGUGUUUGGAAGGACGUCUUACUGAAAGUCUCAGCAAAGGUCAUCCAAUACAGGACUUGUUCCAAGGCCUGUGGCUUAGUCUUAGUAAACUGCUAGGAAACCUUCAACCAUUGUGAUGUAUACAGGAUUGGUCAUUUUUGGCAGCAAGUUACAAUGAUUAUCUCCACAACUGAGCCUAUUCAGACAUCUCAAAACUGACAAUAUCCCAAUGGGCUGUGAUCAGCUUCACAAAUGGACAAAUGUACCAUUUCUCACUGCUGCCAUUCCAUCUAUUCAAUGCGUGGUGUCAUCAUUAACUAAUUUGUGAAUUAUAAUUUUGGGUUUUGUAGAUAUAUAACUAUUUCCACAGUUCCUAGAUCAAACACAACAGUAUAAAAUAGUCCAAUGCUAUUUAUUGUCAUUGCUUUGUAAAUAAAGAGAGUUAUAUCCUAAA